CAUUGACGUCAGGAACAGUCUUCGGUUGAUGAAACUGACGCCGUAUGACGCCCAACAUUUAAACUCAUUUUAUCCUUUAAAAAAAACUUCCAAUAAAGUCAGGAAUUAUCGAAACUUCAACGCUUUUUUGUCGUAAACGUUAAUGUAAGGCAUUUAACGAAAUGGGGAACGCCAUGGCGAGCAGACUGCAUCAGCAGACGUAUCAUACUGGGAUGGACAAGGAAGCUCACUUGAGUAAGCUACUAGAGAUGGCAGAGGGAAGUUCAGGACGAGAAGACGAGGAAAUUGAUGUCGGAUUUGGGCGACCCCGAACUAGGGGCCAGGAUCUUAUAAGGGACCCAUAUCACAACAAGGGGAUGUGUUUUACGCUAAAAGAACGACAACUCCUGGGUCUCCAGGGGCUUCUUCCCCCGGCGAUCCUGACGCCGGAGCAGGAAGUGUAUUUCGUCAUGCAGAACUUCUACCGCUGGGACAAUGACCUUGACCGAUACAUCUACAUGAUGUCACUACAGGACCGUAGCGAGAAGCUUUUCUACCGGACUAUCAUGCAAAACGUGGAGCUCAUGAUGCCCAUCAUUUACACCCCGACAGUGGGGCAGGCCUGCCUCAAAUACGGCCUCACCCUCAGGAAACCAAGAGGCCUUUACAUCACUAUACACGACCUAGGUCACGUCUAUGACAUCAUCUGUAACUGGCCAUCGGAUGACGUCAAGGCGAUCGUUGUGACGGACGGGGAGCGGAUCCUUGGUCUGGGAGACCUAGGGGCCUUCGGAAUGGGGAUCCCCGUGGGGAAGCUGGCGCUCUACACCGCCCUGGCGGGGAUGCCGCCCCACCUAUGUCUUCCCAUACUUAUAGACGUGGGGACAGAUAACGAGGGCCUUCUGAAGGACCCGCUGUACAUUGGAUUGAAGCAAAAGCGGGUGCGGGGACCCAAGUAUGACGCCUUGAUUGACGAGUUUAUGAACGCCGUCGUUAAAAGGUACGGCGGAAACUGCCUCGUGCAAUUUGAGGAUUUCGGCAACCACAACGCAUUCCGUCUGCUAGAGCAUUACCGGAACUCCUACUGCACAUUUAACGACGACAUUCAAGGCACAGCAUCAGUGGCAGUGGCCGGGAUCCUCGCCAGUCUGAACAUCACCGGAAAAAGGCUCCAGGACAACGUGUUUGUGUUCCAGGGAGCAGGGGAGGCCUCUAUCGGAAUAGCGAAGCUGUUGAUUAUGGCCCUUCAAGAAGAAGGGGCCACAACUCAGGAGGCGUACAGCAAGAUCUGGAUGGUCGACUCUAAAGGUCUUAUCGUCAAGGACAGGCCGUCGGGCGGGUUGACAGACGAGAAGCUUCCAUUCGCUCAGUCGCACAGUCCCGUGGAUAAUCUGGAAGACGUCGUAAAACUGAUCAAACCGACUGCCAUCAUUGGUGCCGCAGCGCAACCAGGCGCUUUUACCGAAGCUAUUCUCCGAAGUAUGGCGGAGUUUAACGAACGUCCGAUUAUUUUCGCUCUCAGCAACCCGACGAGCAAGGCCGAGUGCACCGCCGAACAGGCAUAUAAGGCGACAGACGGCCGGUGCGUGUUUGCAAGCGGAAGUCCCUUCAAUGCGGUCACCCUUGGCAACCAAACAUUCCAUCCUGGCCAGGGCAACAACGCGUACGUGUUUCCGGCAGUUGGGCUCGCCACUGUGGCGUGUGACAUCAGAACUAUACCGGAGUCUGUGUUCUUAGAAUCGGCAAAGGCGCUUUCCAAGAUGGUGUCCAGGGAGCACCUAGCGGAAGGGCGCGUGUACCCGCCACUAGCGGAUAUCCGGGAGGUCUCCACAAACAUCGCCAUUCACCUGGCGGAGUUCGCGUACCGGAACCGCCUGGCGUUCCACUUCCCGGAACCGGCCGACAAGGGAAAGUUCAUCCGGUCACACCAGUACAACAUCGAUUACGAGACUUACGUGCCGGCGCUGUAUAACUGGCCCGGUCACAACGUUGUAUAGUAAUAAAAUGGGCACUUAGAUCUUAAAUUUCGUGCUUUUUUGUUAGUGUUUUUGUUUGUUUUAAUAAUGGUCGUGUGUUUUGCAUCGUCCACCAUAUUUAAUGUGAAAUAAUACUGUAUCGGUGUUUUAAUGUGAACCUCCGUUAUUAGAAUUGUUUGUGUUAUGUUUUAUAUCGAAACUAUGACCCAAAAUUGAUAUUAAUUUUUCACAACGUCGGCAUUGUUUUUUAAGUAAAACUAAUUACACGAUCUAAACUAUUUUUUUUGUUAUUUAGCAAGUUUUGCAUUCCAAUAUUCUGUAUGUUUAAAAAUGCAUUUAAGUAUAUAAAUGCAAUUAUUGGUACUUUUUACAUAUACAUAAUACAUUUAUAUUGAUUAUUUUCAUUUUCCACAUUUAUAUGUCUACAAAAUAAAUCAGUUUAACUUAUAAAAGCUC